UCUGUAAGUUUUCAGCGUUUGGUGGAAUUUAAAUAUGAAGGAAGUGAUUCGUUCUUUCGGUACAUGGGACUACGUCGUGUUUGCUCUUCUUUUUGUGAUCUCUGCCUCGAUCGGCUUAUUCUUCGCGUUUCGAAAUCGGAAGAAAUCCAAUGAUGCUCAAGAAUACCUCAUGGGCGGACGGCACAUGCAUGCUGUGCCUGUCGCGUUUUCACUAACUGCUGGAUUUCUAUCAGCGAUUACUGUUCUCGGCACCCCUUCUGAGUUCUAUGUUUACGGAACAAUGUUUACAUAUUACUGCUUUGUGUACGUCAUAGUUGGCAUUGUUGCAUCAGAAAUAUACAUUCCGUUGUUUUACAAUCUCGGCAUUACAAGCACAUACGAGUACUUAGAGCUGCGAUUCAAUAAAUACGUUCGAGUAGCUGGUACGACCAUAUAUAUCAUAAAUCAAGUCCUCUACAUUGGUAUCGUGAUCUAUGCACCUGCAUUGGCAUUAAAUGAAGUUACCGGACUGGACCUGUGGACAUCAGUGAUCGUUACGGGUGUGGUGUGUACGUUCUAUACCACGCUGGGGGGACUGAAGGCCGUAAUAUGGACCGAUGUAUUUCAAUGCACGGUGAUGGUGGUCGGGUUUUUAGCAGUUAUCAUACAAGGUUGUAUUCGACUUGGCGGGUUCGAAAACGUUUGGAAAAUCGCAGAAAGAGGGGGAAGGAUCGAUUUUGUUCACUUUGAGGGUGAUCCCCGAGUUCGACAUACUUUCUGGUCAAUAUUAACUGGAGGAACGUUUCUCUGGACUGGGAUCUACUGUACAACACAAACGGUGGUUCAAAGAUAUUUGUGCUGCAGAACACUCAAUCAUGCCCGACUGUCGGUAUAUCUAAAUGCAGUUGGCGUGGCAACGAUCGCUAUACUGGCGGGGAUGGCGGGUUUAACAAUGUACGCUUAUUACGUCGAAUGUGACCCAUUCUCGGCCGGGUGGGUGUCGGCGACUGAUCAACUGAUGCCUUAUUUUGUGAUGGAUAUUCUGUACGAGUUCCCUGGAUUACCUGGCGUGUUUUUAUGUAGUACGUUCAGCGGCACAUUGAGCACCGUUUCAUCGGGAAUUAAUGCAAUGGCAGCAGUGACGUUAGAAGAUUAUAUAAAACCAAUCAAAAAGGAUCUUUCGCAGCGAGCCGAAGUUUGGAUUUCUAAGAUACUGGUUAUAUUUUUCGGGGGCUGUUGCCUUGCCAUGUCUGCUCUAGCUUCGAACCUGGGCGGAGUUUUAAAUGCUGCGCUCAGCAUCAACGGAAUGAUAUCCGGUCCCAUGGUGGCGCUGUUCACCAUGGGCUGGGCGUUUCCUUGGAUCAAUUCAUGGGGCGCAUUAAGUGGUGUAAUCGUCGGCGUGGGACUCGCAACGUGGAUAUACAUUGGUAGCACGAUAUACCCGCCCUCAAAUGAAUUUGUAAGAAAGCUAUAUCUUAGCACGGAGUCAUGCGAGUAUGGAAAUACAUCUACAAGCAUAAACUACACCACCGUUGCUCCUUUAACUACGCCUAAUUUCACUUUACCCACACCUCCAGCGCCCCCGAUCGCCGAUUGGUAUGCGAUGUCAUAUUUAUAUUACGGUGUGUUUGGAUUCGUAGCCGCACUUGUGGUCGGGCACAUAGUAAGCUUUGCAACCGGCUUCCAGAAACCAAGCGAGCUCCCUCCAGGUGUCACCAUUGCAUUUUUCGACCACCCUCUCUUCGGUUGGUUGCCAAAGCAGGCCCGAAAGUUUUUACGGUGCGGGGUCCAAUACAACGAGGCUGAAAAAUCGAAUUUGAAAAGUGAAAAGUUCGAUACCGUCUCGAUGAAAACCGAUAACAAUGGCUCGCUGGACAAGAGUAAAGAUAAUCACGCUUAUAGCGCUGACACCGAUAGUACCGACUCUACGGUUAUGGAUUACACCAAAUUAUGAAAGUUGUAUCGAACAUAAAUAGUUUGCGUUGCUUUAGACUCAAUUAUCACUAAGAAUAUCUAUCUAGCUAUGUAGAAAUACAAUACACAUCAGUCUG